CAUCUUGGCACUUUAUUGUGGAGGACCAGCCCCUGUAAAUAAUCUGCGCAGGACCGCAGAGGCGUGUUGUUGUUUUCAAACCGACUGAGGUUAUGACUGGCGGGACCGACUUUCACAAAAGCUACACCAACAGUAAGGACUGUGAGCCCAGAAUGGACGUAGACAUGGACUCUGGUCACAUGGAGAGUGAGCGGGGGGAGCUGGACAGCAGCGUCCCGGCUGCGUGCUCCUCUAACGGCAGCGGCGGGGAAGAGGACGAGGCGGAGGCCAUUGGCCGUGUGAGAGAAGCCGGGGGCUCUAGUAGCCAGCAUAUCCCGGAUGGAGGUGUAUUCUGCGGCGGCAGGGAGCAGGAGGUGUCGGUCGAAAUUGGAGAGACAUAUUUAUGCCAACGAGCCGACAAGACAUGGCAUACGGCAGAGGUCAUUCAGUCCCGGCUGAAUGAGCAGGAGGGAAGAGAGGAGUUCUAUGUUCACUAUGUAGGAUUCAACAGGCGUCUAGAUGAGUGGGUGGGUAAGGCACGCCUGGCACUCACCAAGACGGUGAAGGACGCAGUGAGGAAGAGCACGGAAAUCGGAGCUGUUGGUGAUUUGGGUGAACAGCCUGAAAGGAAGAUCACCCGCAACCAGAAGCGCAAGCAUGAUGAGAUCAACCAUGUACAGAAGACAUAUGCAGAGAUGGACCCAACAACAGCUGCCCUGGAAAAGGAGCAUGAGGCGAUCACCAAAGUAAAAUAUGUGGAUAAGAUCCAGAUAGGAAACUUUGAGAUCGACGCCUGGUACUUCUCGCCGUUUCCUGAGGACUACGGCAAGCAGCCCAAGCUGUGGAUCUGCGAGUACUGCCUGAAAUACAUGAAGUACGAGAAGACCUUCAGACAUCACCUGUCUAACUGUCAGUGGAAACAGCCUCCAGGUAAAGAAAUCUACAGAAGAAGCAACAUAUCUGUGUAUGAAGUUGAUGGGCGGGACCACAAGAUCUACUGUCAAAACCUUUGUCUUCUAGCAAAACUAUUUCUAGACCACAAAACACUUUAUUUUGACGUGGAACCCUUUAUCUUCUACAUCCUCACUGAAGUCAACAAACAGGGAGCGCACAUCGUCGGAUACUUCUCCAAAGAGAAAGAGUCUCCAGAUGGGAAUAACGUGGCGUGUAUUCUCACACUGCCGCCUUACCAACGCAGAGGCUACGGAAAGUUCCUCAUAGCUUUUAGUUAUGAGCUGUCGAAGCUGGAGAGUGCGGUGGGCUCCCCAGAGAAGCCUCUAUCUGAUCUUGGGAAGCUGAGCUACAGAAGCUACUGGUCCUGGGUCCUGCUGGAGAUCCUGAGGGACUUCAGGGGAACGCUGUCCAUCAAGGACCUCAGCCAGAUGACCAGCAUCACACAGAGUGACAUCAUCAGCACGCUGCAGUCGCUCAACAUGGUGAAGUACUGGAAAGGUCAACACGUUAUCUGUGUGACGCCCAAACUGGUGGAGGAGCACCUGAAGAGCGCCCAGUACAAGAAACCCCCAAUCACAGUGGACACUAUGUGUUUGAAGUGGGCGCCCCCCAAAAAUAAACAAGCCAAGUUAUCGAAGAAGUGAAAGGCGGAGCCGGGAAGCAACAUCUGUUCGCCAAGUCCACCUGUUUUUAUAUCAUCUGCCAUGUUCUUUUUCUCCUCAACUGGUGAAAAACCUGCUGUUGUUAAAACAAACUGUAAAUAAUCAUUAGUAGCUGUAUCUGUCAGUAUUUUCUUAAAAUAUGUAUACAAAAAAUCUCAGACUUGUGUCCUCAUUUCUUUCCUGAAUAUCAGCUAGUAAGUAUGCAAAACUCAAUUUAAAAAAUAUAAGUUUAAAGGCUACCGAUUAGUUAAAAUGUUGAAUUUGUAAGGGUUUAUUUAAAAAAUAAAUGGAUUUGAUAUGUCUAAAAGUCACAAUAGCUUUUUGCCAAAAAAUACAAA